UUCUAAGGCAUGCAAUACGUCUUAGGAGCUACAGUUCAAGUAUUCACACAGUAUUGAAGUUCAAGUUAGGCACAUCAGACGUUAGUCACACAGCCUGGUCGGGUUACAGUUCAAGAUGUCACAAAUCAGCUGUGUUGCUAACGCGAGUAUCACAAAAUUAGAAUGCAACACAUGUCCACUGCUUACUUUAGAGGAGUUGAAGAAGGCACUAGUGAUUGUGCAGGACAGCCACCUGUGUCGGCGUACACCGAUGUUGUAUAAUAUGCAAGAUCUGCUGACUGCGGAUGCAACGAUGCACCUUCACCUAAAGAUGGAGAGCAUGCAACCCACAGGGUCAUUUAAAGUCAGAGGUCUGGCCAACCAGUUGGCCAAUUUGCCAGAUAAUGUAAAGACAGGGAGAUCACGCCUUAUAACAAUGUCUGGUGGAAAUUACGGGAAGGCAUUUGCCUAUGCACUCAGCCAGAUGGGAUUGAAGGGAUUGGUUGUGAUGCCAACCUCUGUGCCUACAAAUAGGAUAGAACUUAUAGAGGGAUUUGGGAUGGAGGUGGAGCUAGUAGCAAAGAGUGAGAUGAUGGUUUGUGUGAACAGGCAUGUGAAAGAGAAUGGCAUGACAUUUCUUCACUCGUUUGAUGAUCCUGUCAUCAUUGCAGGACAUUCUAGCAUCGGGGUUUGAGAUCUUGGAGACUGCAGAAAUGGCGGAC